AUGGCGCGUCGCUGCUGGGCCCGCCUGUACGCCUAUGGGGAUACCGACGGGGCUGCAGCCUCUGGCAACUGGGAGGGAGCAAAUGCGCUCGCUGCCCAGAGCCUGGAGAGGGCAUACGACGGUUGGCGGUUGUUGCAAUGCCUACGGACGGCCCAGAAAGACGACCGCUAUACCGAUGGCGGACUGUACCGCGAGCCGCAUGCACUAAAAGAAGGCAUCGUCCGCCCUCGGUCCCCCGAUCCACACACACAUUCCUUCCUUCCUCUGCAGAAAACCGCCAAGCUGUUUUCCUCCGCCUUUAGACGAACCCUCCGUGCCGGCGCCCCCGGACUCUCAGUCGCUGCACUCGCUACCGCAGGCCUCAACCAGAGGACCGCCCCAAAGCAACCCUUCCAGAAGCUGUCGGCCGCCGGGAUGCAUAGCAAGGUCGUCAUCAUCGGCUCCGGGCCCGCUGCCCACACCGCCGCCGUCUACCUGGCGCGUGCCGAGCUGAAGCCCGUCCUCUACGAGGGCUUCAUGGCCAACGGCAUCGCCGCCGGUGGCCAGCUCACCACCACCACCGACGUCGAGAACUUUCCCGGUUUCCCCAAGGGCAUCAUGGGCUCUGAACUCAUGGACGCCAUGAAGGCACAGUCGGAGCGCUUCGGCACCCAGAUCAUCUCCGAGACCAUCGCCAAGCUCGACCUCUCGGCCCGCCCCUUCAAGUACGAGACCGAAUGGGCCCCCGGCACCGUCCACACCGCCGACGCCAUCAUCCUGGCCACCGGCGCCUCCGCCAAGAGGCUGGGCCUCCCCGGUGAGGACAAGUACUGGCAGAACGGCAUCAGCGCCUGCGCCGUGUGCGACGGCGCCGUCCCCAUCUACCGCAACAAGCCCCUGGUCGUCAUUGGCGGCGGCGACAGCGCCGCCGAGGAGGCCACCUUCCUGACCAAGUACGGCAGCCACGUUACGGUGCUGGUGCGUCGGGACCAGCUGAGGGCCAGCAGCAUCAUGGCCCAGCGCCUGCUCGAGCACCCCAAGGUCACCGUCCGCUUCCACACCCAGGCCGUCGAGGUCAAGGGCGACGACAAGGGCCUGAUGAGCCACCUGGUCAUCAAGAACUCCCAGACCGGCGAGCAGGAGACCCUCGAGGCCAACGGUCUGUUCUACGCCAUCGGCCACGACCCCGCCACCAGCCUCGUCAAGGGACAGCUCGAGACGGACGACGAGGGCUACGUCGUCACCAAGCCCGGCACCCCUCUCACAACCGUCGAGGGUGUCUUUGCCGCCGGUGACGUCCAGGACAAGAGAUACAGACAGGCCAUCACGAGUGCUGGUUCGGGAUGCAUGGCUGCUCUGGACGCUGAGAAGUUCCUGGCAGACCUUGAGGUCGACGAGCGUGAGGGUGCUGCCAAGGGCAGCUUGUGA